AUGGCGAGGCCGCGGCUGGAGCUCAUCGAGAAGCCGGACCGGAGCCUGGCGCUGCUGGACGAGUACGAGUCGGAGGAGCUGGGGGCGGCGCUCUGCGCCAACCACCGCAGCGGUUAUGUUGCUGUGUUGGGGAAGCCGAAUGUCGGCAAGAGCACCCUGAUAAACCAAAUUGUGGGUCAGAAGCUUUCGAUCGUAACGGACAAGCCACAGACCACACGUCACCGCAUUCUUGGUAUAUGUUCGGAACCAGAAUACCAGAUAAUACUUUAUGACACGCCAGGCGUCAUUAAGAAGGAAAUGCACAAGCUAGACUCGAUGAUGAUGAAGAAUGUCCAGAGCGCUAUUGGCAAUGCGGACUGUGUGAUUGUCGUCGCUGAUGCUUCCAAACUGCCCGAAAAGAUAGAUGAUAUGCUGGAAGCGGGUGUGGGAAACAAAGAUACCAAGGUCCCUGUUGUGUUGGUACUCAACAAGAAAGAUAUGAUAAAACCCGGAGAAAUCGCAAAGAAACUCGAGUGGUACCAAAAAUUCACUGAUGUUGACGAUGUUAUACCUAUAAGUGCUAAAUUUGGUCAUGGAGUGGUUGAUAUCAAGGAGUGGAUAUUGUCAAAGCUUCCACUGGGUCCUGCCUACUACCCCAAGGUAUCAUUAUGGAAGAUGCAAAAUUUUCUGAAGCAGUUAGUACUAUGGAUGGACAGCCAUUUUCUUUAUCAUGUAGAUCUAGCAAAUCAAGUAGAAAUGUGCAAUGCAAUUUAG